GGAUACUAAAUUAUUAAAGAUAUAGAGCUCAACAACAUCAUUGAAUCAUCAAAUUCAUAUUGUCACAAAGAAAUAAAAAAAUGUCAUUAAGAAAAAAGGUUUUGCUUAUGGGAAAAAGUGGGGCAGGAAAGACAAGUAUGAGAUCUAUAAUUUUUGCAAAUUACAUUGCUCGUGAUACAAGAAGAUUAGGGGCUACAAUUGAUGUUGAACAUUCACAUGUUCGUUUCCUUGGAAAUUUAGUUUUAAACCUAUGGGACUGCGGUGGUCAAGAAGCAUUCAUGGAGAACUACUUUGCAAGUCAACGUGAUAAUAUUUUUAAAAAUGUAGCAGUUCUUAUAUAUGUAUUUGAUGUAGAAAGCAGAGAGGUGGAGAAAGAUAUACAUUAUUAUCAGUCAUGUUUAGAAGCAAUAUGGGAGCAUUCACGUGAAGCAAAAAUAUUUUGUUUAAUUCAUAAAAUGGAUUUAGUGCAAGAAGAUCAAAGAAACGCCAUAUAUAGAGAAAAAAAAGCAGAGCUGGAGGAGUUAUCAAAGCCAUUAGAAUGUACACUAUUUCAAACAUCUAUCUGGGACGAGACUUUAUAUAAGGCUUGGUCAAGUAUAGUUUGUAAACUUGUUCCUAAUGUUUCUACAUUAGAAACAAAUCUCAAAAAGUUUGCAGAGAUAUUGGAUGCAGAUGAAGUCCUUUUAUUUGAAAGAGCAACAUUUCUUGUUAUAUCACAAUGUGAACUUAAGAGUCAUUAUGAUCCUCAUCGAUUUGAAAAAAUUAGCAAUAUAAUAAAGCAAUUUAAAUUAAGUUGUAGCAAACUACAUGCUCAGUUUCAAAGCAUGGAAGUUCGAAACAGUUCAUUUGCUGCUUAUAUUGAUGUGUUUACUUCAAAUACAUAUGCAAUGGUCAUUAUGUCUGAUAAAGAUAUUCCUUCCGCUGCAACCAUGAUCAAUAUUCGAAAUGCACGUCGGUAUUUCGAACAACUCGAAAAUGUAGACAAACGCUCACCUGUGCAAUAAAAAAAUUUAUAAAUUUUUUAUAUUUUUAAAGUUAUUUCAUAAAUUUGUUUAUCUUUUAUUCGUAAAUUUACUAAAUUUCAUAUUUACUGAAACAAUUAAAAUAUUUAGUAGGCCUUUUGUAAACUCUAGCUCAACCAUUUUUGAUUACUUUUGUUGAAUUACAAAUGGCUUCAUGUAAAGUUUGUUUCAAUGGCUAUGUUGAUUUAAAUAUUAAUAUAACCGAAGCAGAUUACUUAGCUGUUCAAUUUUUUUGUUUUUAUGUAUUUUUUCUAUUUUGUGGUUAAAAUUUGUCACGCUCAUU